CACUCCAGGGCUGCGGGGCACUCUCACGAACACCCGACCCCACCUUGCCUCGACAUCAACCCGACCUAGAUCCCAAAUGCUCGGUAUAGUGAAGGCUGUCUGUGCCAUUGAUAUCGAGGAAGCUACAUUGUAAAAGACAAGGAUCGACGCCAUGACCUCCGAAGCACGUCUAUACACUUUUUCGCAAGAGACAAAGGACCACCUGCGUAAGUUCCGUCUGGGGACAUCGCGGGCCAACGAUCCACAAGCAGUCAUCUACAUGAUCGAUAAGCAAACCAAGGAAAUCCGACGGGAUGAGGACGAGACAGUCUACAAAUCGCUCGAGGAGCUCGCCGACGACCUACCCGACCACUCGCCCCGCUUUAUCCUGUUGAGCUAUCCGUUGACGCUGCCCUCGGGCCGGCUCUCGGUUCCCUACGUCAUGCUCUACUACCUGCCCACGACAUGCAACAGCGAGAUGCGCAUGCUGUACGCCGGGGCCAAGGAGCUGAUGCGGAACACGAGCGAGGUGACGCGGAUCAUCGAUCUGGAGAGCCCUGAGGAGCUGGAGGAGGUUCCUGCCAAACUGGCGGCCGCUUGAGGACGUAAAGGACAAAGGGGGUGUCGUGGACAUUACGAGACUGUAUAUCUU